AGAGCUCGCGUGUGAUGUGUUUGUGUAUCCUCAGUGUUUUUCUCUCUUGAGUGUUUUAUUGAGUGUAAACAGAGUCUUGUCUCUGUGUAUUUUAGUGUUGAUGAUGAGAGAUGUGAUGUGCUGUAAAUCAGUAGGAACUGAUCUGUCCAUGCUGGAUAUUGAUGAUUUCAUCACAGAAAUCUCUCAGCUGAAGAAAGAGGUGGCGUUACUGGAGACAAAGCUGAGGUUAAGAGGAGAUGAAGGACUGAAGAGAGAGGACUCCGAGCUCAGUCUGACUUUACUCUGUUAUACUGAGUCAAAGCCCACAGACGCUCAGGACACUACAGUGUGUGACAGUAAUCAGGGCUUACAGGAUGAGGAAUCUACUGAUCAAACCUCCACAGAGUCUCUGGAUUCUGUCUGGAACGCUGGAGAACAGCAGCAGAUCCUGCAGAACAAACCUAAGAUGUGUUCAGUCAAACUCAUCGACUGCAAGAACCUCAUUAUGAAGAUCAAAAUAAAACCUAAACCAAAUGAACAUGAAGGCGAUCAUGAUGGUCAUGAUUUUAUUUUGUCAGAUGUGAGGAGUGAAUUAUGUUUGGAUGGAGAAAUAGCAUCUUCAACUCUUUCCUGCAUCACUGGUGGAGAGACAUUGAGCUCACAGAGACAUUUAAAGAGACGUGAGAGAAAACGCACAAAACAGAAACUCUUCACCUGCACCAAAUGUAAGAUCAGCUUUACUACCUUACAAGAAAAGAGACGUCAUUAUUCAAAAGUGCACAAAGAGAAGAAGAAGCAGUUUCACUGUCAGCAGUGUGGGAAGGUUUUUGUCUUCUUAUCUCAGCUGAAACGUCACAUGAGGACCCACAAUGGUGAAAAGCCUUUCCACUGCACUGAAUGUGGCUAUUACUUCAGCAGCAAGCACGGUCUUAAUGGUCAUAAGAGAAUUCACACAGGAGAAAAACCAUACGAGUGUCCUCACUGUGAGAUGAAAUUCUCAGAAAACACCUGUUUGAAGAAACAUGUGCGUAUACACACCAACGAGAGACCAUAUAAGUGCAGUCAAUGUGACAAAGCCUUUAGGGAUUCAGGUUGUCUAAAGUCACACCAAAAAACACACUCUGAUAAACUCUAUCAAUGUUCACACUGUGAUAAACGUUUCAGUCUAAAAUCUAAUCUGAAAGUCCAUGAAAGAAUUCACACCGGAGAGAAACCUUACUACUGCUCGAUUUGUGAAAAGAGCUUCACUGGUCUAAGUGCUAUUAUUGUUCAUCAGAGAAUUCACACUGGAGAGAAACCUCAUCACUGUAAUCUUUGUGGGAAGAGUUUUACUCGACAUGACAAUUUUGUGAAACACACGAGAAUUCAUACAGGUGAAAAACCUUACAAAUGCUCUCAGUGUGAGAAGACGUUUACUGAGUUAGAUCACUUAAUAACCCAUGAGAGAGAUCACACUGGAGAAAAACCUUACUUCUGCUCAAUCUGUAGAAAGAGCUUCCCUGAUCCAUCUCAUGUCAAAGUUCAUCAGAGAGUUCCUACUGGAGAAAAACUUCAUCACUGUAGUGUUUGUGGAAAGAGUUUCAAUCGACAUGACAGUUUGGUGAAUCACCAGAGAACUCAUACAGGUGAAAAACCUUACAAAUGCUCUCAUUGUGAGAAGACCUUUGCUCUUUUAAAGUCCUUAAAAGUCCAUGAGAGAAUUCACACCGGAGAGAAACCUUACGACUGCUCGAUCUGUGGAAAGAGCUUCUCAAGUCCAUCUAAUUUCAGAUUUCAUAAGAGAGUUCACACUGGAGAGAAACCUCAUCACUGUAGUGUUUGUGGGAAGAGUUUUAGUCAACCUCAAAGUUUAGUGUCACACCAGAGAAUUCAUACAGGUGAAAGACCUUACAAAUGCUCUCAGUGUGAGAAGACGUUUGCUCAUUCAUCAUCCUUUAAAGCCCAUGAGAUACUUCACACAGGAGAGAAACCUCAUCACUGUAGUGUCUGUGGGAAGAGUUUUAGUCAACCUCAAAGUUUAGCGUCACACCAGAGAAUUCAUACAGGUGAAAAACCUUACAAAUGCUCUCAGUGUGAGAAGACGUUUGCGCGAUCAAAUGACCUGAGAACCCAUCUAAGAGUUCACACAGGAGAGAAACCUUACCAGUGCUCGAUCUGUGGACAGAAAUUCACCUAUUCUGGAAGUCUUCGUGCUCAUCAGAAGAAACAUACUGAAGAACAAACUACACUGAAAACAUAUGUGAAUUCUCUCAUGGACCUUCAGGAUGUCGGAUCGAGUAAACAUCUUCUCACACUGAGAGCAUUUGUAGUAAAGCUGAUCUCAGAUCUGGUGCAGGUAAAGAGUUUCGGUUCGGUGUGUUUUCUCUCUAAAUGUCUCUGUGAGCUCAAUGUCUCUCCACCGGUUCAGUUUUUACCUCCAUCUUCAGUUUGGUCUGCAGGAUCUGCUGCUGUUCUCCAGCGUUCCAGACAGAAUCCAGAGACUCUGUGGAGAAAGAAAGAAAGAAAGAGCGGGCUGAUGCCACCCGCCAUAAAACAUAAGAAGAAGAAGAGCGGGCUCGCGUGUGAUGUGUUUGUGUGUCCUCAGUGUUUUUCUCUCUUCAGUGUUUUAUUGAGAGUAAACAGAGUCUUGUCUCUGUGUAUUUUACUGUUAAUGAUGAGAGAUGAGAUGUGCUGUAAAUCAGAAACUGAUCAGGGCUUACAGGAUGAGGAAUCUACUGAUCAAACCUCCACAGAGUCUCUGGAUUUUGUCUGUAACGCUGGAGAACAGCAGCAGAUCCUGCAGACCAAACUCAAGAUGUGUUCAGUCAAACCGAUGGACAGUGGGAACCAAAUGCAGAAUAUAACAGAAGCCAUAGCAGAUAAAUAUGAAGACAAACAUAAUGAUGGUCAUGAUUUUAUUCUCUCAGAUGUAAAGAGUGAAUUAUGUUUGGAUGGAGAAAUAACAUCCUUGACUCUUUCCUGCAUCACCGGUGGAGAGACAUUGAGCUCACAGAGACAUUUAGAGAGAAAACACACAGAACAGAAACUCUUCACCUGCAGGAGAUGUAAGAUCAGCUUUACCACCUUACAAGAGAAGAAACUUCAUUCAGAAGAACACAGAGAGAAGAAGAAGAGGAAGAAAAAGAAGAAGUUGUUUCACUGUCAGCAGUGUGGGAAGGAUUUUGGCUCCUUAUCUCAUCUGAGAUUUCACAUGAGGACACACAAUGCUAAAAAGCCUUUCUACUGCACUGAAUGUGGCUAUUACUUCAGCACCAAAGCAAAUCUUGAUUCUCAUAAGAGAAUUCACACAGGAGAAAAACCAUACGAGUGUCCUCACUGUGGGAAGAGAUUCAGCCACAAAAUCAAUUUGAGGAAACAUGUGUUUACACACACCAAUGACAGUCCAUAUCAGUGCGAUGAAUGUGGAAAAACCUUUAGGGAUUCAAGUCAAUUAAAAUCACACCAAACACUUCACACUAAAGAGAAACCCUUUCAAUGUUUACACUGUGAUAAACGUUUCAAUCGUAAAACUACUCUUACAGCCCAUCAGAUACUUCACACUGGAGAGAAACCUUAUUACUGUCAUGUCUGUGAGAAGAGUUUCAGUCGACGUGAACAUUUAGUGACUCAUCAGAGAACUCAUACAGGUGAAAGACCUUACAAAUGCUCUCAGUGUGAGAAGACCUUUGCCCAUUCAGGUAAAUUUAAAGCCCAUCAGCAACUUCACACUGGAGAUAACCCUCAUCACUGUAAUGUUUGUGGGAAGAGUUUUGAUCAUAGAAGCAGUUUAGUGAGACACCAGAGAAUUCAUACAGGUGAAAAACCUUUCAAAUGCGCUCAUUGUGAGAAGACGUUUGUUUAUUCAUCUGACUUUAAAGACCAUCAGAGACUUCAUACUGGAGAGAAACCUUACAAAUGCUCUCAGUGUGAGAAGACGUUUGCUUAUUCAUCUAACUUAAAAUCUCAUCAGAGACUUCAUACUGGAGAGAAACCUUACAAAUGUGCUUAUUGUGACAAGACGUUUUCUCAGUCAGGUUCCUUAAAAGCCCAUCAGAGACUUCAUACAGGAGAGAAACCUUACAAAUGCUCUCAGUGUGAGAAGACGUUUGCUUAUUCAUCUAACUUAAAAUGUCAUCAGAGACUUCAUACUGGAGAGAAACCUUACAAAUGUGCUUAUUGUGACAAGACGUUUUCUCAGUCAGGUCACUUAAAAGCCCAUGAGAGACUUCAUACUGGAGAGCACAGAGAGAAGCAGCAGCAGCAGCUGACGUUUGGCUGUGAGCAGUGUGGGGAGGAUUUUGGCUCCUCAUCUCAUCUGAGACUUCACAUGAGGACACACAAUGCUGAAAAGCCUUUCUACUGCACUGAAUGUGGCUAUUACUUUAGCAGCAAACAAAGUCUUGAUGUUCAUCAGAGAAUUCACACAGGAGAAAAACCAUACGAGUGUCCUCACUGUGAGAAGAGAUUCAGCCAACAAUAUAAUAUGAGGAAACAUGUGUUUACACACACCAAUGACAGUCCAUAUCAGUGCGAUGAAUGUGGAAAAAACUUUAGGGAUUCAAGUCAAUUAAAAUCACACCAAACACUACACACUAAAGAGAAACUCUUUCAAUGUUUACACUGUGAUAAACGUUUCAGUCGUAAAACUACUCUUACAGCCCAUCAGAUACUUCACACUGGAGAGAAACCUCAUUACUGUCAUGUCUGUGAGAAGAGUUUCAGUCUACGUGAACAUUUAAUAAAACACCAGAGAACUCAUACAGGUGAAAGACCUUACAAAUGCUCUCAGUGUGAGAAGACGUUUGUUUACUCAUUUUCCUUAAAAGCCCAUCAGAGACUUCAUACUGGAGAGAAACUUUACAAAUGCUCUCAGUGUGAGAAGACGUUUGCUCAUUCAUCUCACUUUAAAGCCCAUCAGCAACCCCUGCAAGUAAGCUUACGAUGGGCCUGUAUGGGCAUGGCCUAAGGGCCCCGC